AUGCUGCGACGUUUUGCUUUGCUUACGCUUGCUCAAGUGGUGGUGAUCUCAUGCGCUGGUAAGGGUAAUGGCGACAAGUUCAAAAGAUCUAUUAGAGAUGGAUUCAGGGGUUAUUUUAAAGACUAUGGUCAUGACAAUAUCGUAGUGACUUAUGAUCCACGUCUCGAAAAUUACACGUACAGCGGUCUUGAGACAUUGGUAGUCAAAUACAAGUAA